UGUCCGGCGGCGACAGUAGGCCGUGAUUAAUAUGGCAAAAUGUGCGUGUUUGUAUCAAUUAUUAUUUUAAGCUGUACCACAACAGAAAGCAUAUACCGUGUGAGGACUGGUAUAUCGGCAAUGACACACUGGAGAGGUUCAUAUUAACGACUACAGAGCAAGCAACGGAGAAAGGGUAUAGUUUGCUUCCCAAUAACGCUAACAGGCUAGCUAGCUAACGUUAAUCAACAUUUUAUUAACUAGAGACCGGUUAUUUUGUGCCGCUGGCUAUCAUAGAGGCGAAAUGUGUAAAUUAAACAAAUUGAAUGUAGGUUAUUCAUUGUUGUAAAUCAUAAUCUACAUGUAAUCUAUAAAAAAAAACAUAGUUAACUAACGACUAAUGUUACCCAAAUGUGAUAGCUAACGUUGCUAUCCAGCUAGCUAGCUUAAUUGCUAACGUUACACAUCUGUAAGUGAUCAUUUUUAGAGGGAGGAGGGGGGAGUGUUCAGUUUCAUUCAGCCCGGCUCUUCAUUUUGUACAAGCUGGCUGCUGAAAGUAACCCUGGCUAGCCACAGUUUUUGAGCAAGUGUGUUGGCCAGCAGACCCCGUGACAGUCAAAGUGUGGGGAACAAGAUAUCGAGUUGUAAAUUGCAAGGGAAGACGCACAUUACUUAUCUAUCUAUAGAAACUGUCCUCAAAUCCAAAGACUGUUUGACUCCACUUUCUAGUAUUGCUCGGGUCCAAAUUCUCAAGACUAUUCGUAAUUUUACAUUUUUCUUACAUGAUAUGAACGGUGACAUUGCACAGCACCAACAGUCAUAUUAAUGGCUGCCGAAUCGGGGAGACUCCUGGCAGGACAAGGCCAAGGAAAGCGAGGCAAAGGUGGACAGAUGAAGAGCCCAGAGAAGAAGAAGAGGAAAUCCAAUGCUCAGGGGCCUGGUGGUGCGUUCUCCCACCUCUCUGAGUUUGCGCCACCUCCCACCCCCAUGGUGGACCACCUGGUUGCCUCCAACCCUUUUGACGAUGACUUUGGCCCCCCGUCACUGCCGUCCCGACCCGGUGGGGCUGGAGGUCCAGGAGGGGGUCCCUUCCUCCCCAGCCCCGGGGCAGGUGGAGGAGGAGGGCCGUAUGGGGGUGGAGGCAGGAUGGGCCCCGGGGGCAUGGGCUUCAUGGGGGGCCCCGGAGGACCCGUAGGAGGCCCUGGAGGUCCAGGUCGGAGACCGCCUUUCGGCCCAGGACCACCCAACGCAGGACCGCACCACCAGCUGGGCUUUGGGGGAAUGCCUGGCUUCGGGGGUGGAGGUGGUGGAGGAGGUUUCCCUGGGCCUGGGGGUCCGUCGCAAUUUAACAUGCCCCCCAAUUUCAGUCCCCCCAUGCACCCUGGACCGGCGUUCAACCCCAUGCUGUCCCCUGGUGGUAUGGGGGGUCCUGGAGGAGGGGGGCCACCGCACCCUCGGUUUGGGAUGCCCCCGCAGCAACAGCACGGACAGGGUGGGCACCCCUUCAACAGCCCCCCUUUAACAGGUGGCGGAGGCCCCAGGGGACCCCCCCAUGGCCCCAUGAACCCCAUGGGGGGCAUGCCUGGAGGGAUGAACAUGAUGGGGGCCAUGGGAGGUGGCCCCGGAGGAAACAUGGGAGGGACGCCAAGUCUACCCCCUCAAGGACAGUUCCCUCCUUCACAAGAUGGGCCCUACCCAGGCCCCAGCCCCCCGGGCCCAGGAAAUGAGGAUGGGAAGAACUUUGGUGGAGGCGGGCCCCAGUCUGGGCCUCCUCAGCAGCAGCAGCCUAAUUUAAACUCCUCUGGUCCCCCAGGUCCCAACAACACUCCCCCCGGGCCUCCCAACUCUGGCCCUCCCCAGCCUGGAGGAGGCUUCCCUGGACACCCUGACCAGCAUCCCAACCCCAACACACCCGGCCAGCCCCCCUCAGCACCGCCCCAGCCCAACCCUAACUCCUCCCCCACCGGCCCCCUCAACGGAUCCCAGCCUCAGCAGCUGCCGCCGAAUCAGCUGCAGGGGCCCAACUCUACCAACACUCCCUCUUCCAAUAACCCGUCCCAGCAGCAGUCGACUCUGCCCAAUUCUGCCCCCGGCUCCACCCCUUACAACCAGCAGAACAACGCUCCUGGUGGAUGCCCCAUGCCCAAUGCUCCCCCCAACUCUGCCCAGAACAACUUGACCAACAGUGGGGGCAACACCCCCGCCAGCAACCCUAACCCCCCUUCCAACUCCACUCCCAACACCCAGUCUCCGCUGCCCCCCGGCCCCGCCAACACCUCCACGGGCCCAGGCGCCGGUCCAGGAAAGCUGGGGGGCCCGGGCAUGGUGUUCCCCUGUGGCUUCUGCCUGUCAGAGGUGCACGAUGACCAGGAUGCCAUCUUGUGCGAGGCUUCGUGCCAGCGCUGGUUCCACCGUGACUGCACGGGCCUGACUGAGCCGGCCUACGGGCUGCUGACCCGGGAGAGCUCUGCCGUCUGGGCCUGCGACUUCUGCCUCAAAACCAAGGAGAUCCAGGCUGUGUACGUCCGCCAGGGCCUGGGCCAGCUGGUGGCUGCCAAUGAAGGCUGAGGAACUGGAGGCGGAGGAGGAGAGACUGGGAGGGGUGCAGGGGAAGAGACAAUGACUGCUCUGAUCUCUCUCACCCAACCUUAUCUGAUAAGCCGUUUACAAUGCCCAAAUCUCUCUUUUACAUACAUAAACACACUUACACCCACUGGCCAGUUUAUUGGGUACAGGAAAACGGAUCGCUCCUAUAGACAAUGAGUCAUGUGGCCGUGGCUUGCCAUGUAAAGUAGGCAGACCGGCAUCGAGUCAUUCAGUUACUGUUCGAUUGAACGUUAGAAUGGGUAAAACAAGUGACCUAAGCAAGUGACUUUGAGCGUAGUAUGAUUGUCGGUGCCGGGCGCACCGGAUCCAGGAUCACAGACUCCCUCCUGGGCUUUUCACGCACAACAGUGUCUAGGGUUUACCGAGAAUGGUGUGACAAACAAAACAUCCAGAAUCGUGCAAGCUAUCAGGUGGGCCACUAACAGACAAAUAACGGCGCAGUACAACAGUGAAGUGCAGAAUGGCAUCUCGGAACCCACAACUCAUCAAUCCUUGUCAAGGAUGGGCUGUUGCAGCAGAUGACCACACCGGGUUCCACUCCUAUCAGCUAAAAACAAAAAGAAGCAACUUCAGUGGGCACGUGAUCACCAACAUUGGACAAUUGAGUGGAAAACAUUUCAUGGAACAUUCAGGCUGUUCUGGAAGCAAAGCUGUGUACGACCCGGUACUAGAUGUGUGUACCUAAUAAACUGGCUAGUGAGUACAUGAAGCACUUUUAGUGACUCUUUUGGACUGAACAACUGAUUUCCCCAUACAUGACAAUGCCCUGUCCACAUUAUCCCCCCCCCCCCAGACAUUUGGCCUGGCGACAAGCAAAGCACUGACACCAACACACUACCUCAUACUUUGUGACUGACCAACACAGACUCCUCACUGACAGACUGACUUGACUGACCCCUGGUGGGAGCGUGGUCAUCUUACUUACAUACAUACAUACAUGCAUACAUACCUGGUUUUGACCCAGAGUAGAUGAAUCCAAAGGAGACCCAGGCCACUCCUCAAUGUACUAGACUGUCCUCCCACCCACACCUCCAGAGAGAAAAGAAUGGCGCCACAGAAAAAUUUGUAGAUAUGCAGCCUGAACGUUUGCCCAAAACACGCCUCUGUCCAUCUUGGAAUGCAGGAGAAUCAACCAAUGAACAAAAAAAUGUAAUUAUAUUAUGUCUUGGAUAUGUCAAUGGACUUUUUGUUUUUAUACAUUGAAUCAACCAUUUUUAUAUCUAUUCUUCACUGGACACAGAAGUUGUGAUAUCAGUGCUGUUGGAUGGUGUUGGAAUAGCUACAAGUAGUGACAUCAUGGUCAUAUCCAAUGUGUGUACUAGUCUUUUGGGAAUGCAUGUGAACAAAUGCAGUAACUUUGUCCAAUCUGUUUUUAUUUGUAAUUUGGUCUCUGCUAGAGGCCUCGAAGUAGACCAAAUAACAGAGCGAAAAAUAUCAAUGUUCAUAUUAUUGUCAUGUCAGGUGUUUGUAAUUUUCCUUCUUAAAAAAAAACAAAAAAACAUUCUGUCCAAGUUGCCUUUUUCUCACCCCAUUCACAUUUUUUGUACUGCUAUCUGCUGUAUAAUAAUGUGCUCUACUCAGGCGCCCUCUGGUGGGAACCUGAGGGACUGACCAGCAGCCCACACAGGGGGGGGGGGAAGGUACUGAACUCUGAAGAAGUAAAGAGAAUUGUUUUUGUACUCGCCCUUGUCAAAUCUUUUUAUUUGUGGCUUUUGUUGUAUUAAACAUGAGGAU